AUGUCCAGGUCCAAGUUCAAGAUGGACGCGAUUGUCGCAGUGGCCGCCUGGGCCGUGACGUCUGCGUGCUACAGCCUGCCCCUGGCUCGAGGCCUGCUCCACGGCCUGUGCCCGCGAGACGUUGGCGAGGCGCGAGAGCUGCAGGCCCGGCUGUCGCCCGGGGCCAAGGUCUACUUUCCCGGGUCCCAGGGCUUCAACGAUUCGUCGCGCCGCUGGUCUAGCUUGGACCCGCCCACGGUCAAUGUCGUCGUGGUGCCCGCCACCGAGCAGGACGUCGCUGCAACGGUCAAGUAUGCCAACAAGAAGGGCCUGCCUUUUCUCGCCUACAACGGGGCCCACGGGGCCAUUACGACGCUGGGCGGCAUGAAGUCCGGCGUUGAGAUUUACCUCGACCAGCUGGAUUCCGUCCAGGUCGCCGCGGACGGGAAGACGGCCAAGAUUGGAGGAGGCACGCUCUCCAAGGACGUGACUGACAAGUUGUGGGCGGCCGGCAAACAAACAGUCACCGGGACUUGCGAAUGCGUCAGCUAUAUGGGCCCGGCGCUGGGAGGCGGCCACGGCUGGCUCCAGGGCCACCACGGCCUCGUCGCAGACCAGCUCGUCUCGGUAAACAUGGUCUUUGCCAGCGGACAGCUGCAGACCAUCACGCCCUCGUGCGAUCUCUGGUGGGCUCUCAAUGGCGCCGGCCACAACUUCGGCAUCGUCACGUCCGUCACCGCCAAGGUGUACGACAUCCAAAAGGCCGACUGGGCUAUCGAGACCAUCAUUUUCUCCGGCGACAAGGUGAGCGCCGUCUACGACGCCGCCAACAAGCAUCUCCUCCAAAACGGCACGCAGCCCGUGGGCGUCAUCAACUGGUCAUACUGGCUUCGGGACCCUUCCACGGACGCCAACAACCCCAUCAUCAUCUUCUACAUCAUUCAGGAAGGCGUCAAGGCGGUCGACGCCCAGUUCACCAAGCCCUUCCACGACCUGGGACCCAUCGCCGUGACGCCCCUCAGCGGCACAUACAGGGAUCUCGCAGGUUGGACCGGCAUCUCGCUGUCGUCCCCGCCCUGCCAGAAGGCAGGCUUCGCCAAUCCCCGGUUCCCCAUCUACCUUCAGUCCUACAACGUCGCGGCCCAGCAGCAGGCCUACGCGAUUUUCGCCGACGCCACAAAGGGACCGUCCGCCUUCAACGGCUCGCUCUUCAUGUUUGAGGGAUACUCGGUCCAGGGGGUGCAGGCCGUGGCCGGCGCAUCGACGGCCUUUGCCUUUCGCGACGCCCACCUCCUGGCCGCCCCGUUGAUCACGUACCGGCCGGACGGCCCCGCGCUCGACCAGCGAGCAAAGGACCUGGGCAACAAGCUUCGCGAGGUCCUCCGCCAGGCAAGCGGCAUGUCGGACGUGCGAGCCUACGUCAACUAUGCCUACGGAAACGAAGGGCCCAAGGGAUGGUACGGCAGUGCUCAGUGGCGCCAGGAUCGCCUCUCGGCCCUGAAGAAGAGGUAUGAUCCGUCGCGCAGGUUUAGCUUCUUCGGCCCCAUAGCGUGA